AUGAAUAAAGAAUAGGAUUCUGCAAACUCAUCAGUAGACAGUAUAGAAAUGAGAUAGUUUGGAGAUGAGCAAUUAUAGUCUGUAAAUGAUGGGGCUAAAUUACAAACAGCUAAAUAAAAGGCUUUGACGAUUUCAUUAAUAAGUAUAUAUUCUGACUAAAAUACGAAAAGGGAAUAAGAAGAAUGUUGAAGAUAUUUAUUAGUAUUACAAGGGUAGUGAGAUGUAACCUGAAGAAAAAUUAAGGUUGCUAUUAAAAGUAUAUAAUGAUGAUGUAGUUGAACAUACUGCUGAUGCUAAAGAAGAAAAAUAGAUAUAAAUAGUUUUACCUGGAUGUUAUAGAAGAUGUAAUUUAGAUUCAAAUAAUUAAUAGUUCAUGAAGCUAUACCAAUUUUUUAUCCAAACAGUCCAGGUCUAUUAUUUUGGAAAGGAUGGGUGGGAUUAAUAAUUUUGUUUUUUUUCUAUGAAAUACCUAUCUAUAUUUCUUUUGACUAAGAAGUUUGGGAAGUAAUAUAUUUUAUAAAUUAAGUUUGUACCUGAAUGGGCAAAAAUAUUUAUUGCAGUAGUAACUUUAGUUACUUUUUCAUUUGAUUUGUGCUUAGAAUUUCAUACAGCUUAUUAUUCACAUGGAAAUCUUGUAAUGGAUAGAGCUUAAAUUGCUCAUAGAUAUUUAUAAACAAGAUUUUUAUUUGAUUUAAUUGCAACCAUAGCAUUAUUAACCAGAUAAAUAAUGCAGACAUAUAAUGAGAGAUGGAUAUAUCUUUUAUUCUAUUUAAAAUACCCAUCAUUAACUAGAAUAUCAUUUUAAUUUGGAGAACUCGUCAUGCUGCAUCGUAGAGUAAGAACUAUAUUUUAGAUUGCAAAAGUAUUAGCAGUUUUGUAAUUUGUAUUUAUUGUAUAUGCCUGUAUUUGGUAUUUGGCUUGUUUAUAUGCAACAAACAGAGGAUAUAAUUCUUGGCUGACUCAUGAAGGCAAUUUUGGAGCCAUAAGUGAAUUGACACAGAUUUAAAAAUUUUUUUAUUCUUAUUAUUUUAGUGUUGGUACAACUACUACUACUAUGGGAUAUGGUGAUAUGUAACCACUAAAUACUUUUGAAGUGCUUGUUGGUAUGGGUGGCAUAUUAUUUGCAGUUCUUAUUUUUGCAGUGAUGGUGAAUAUAAUAUUUAAGAUAUUGGAAGAAUAUGCUAUAUAUGAUAUCAAACGCUAUUAAUAACGUUUAAUUAUCAAUAGAUAUAUGAUGGUAAAAGAAGUACCUCAAAAUCUAAGAGAACGUGUUAGAUAAUAUUUAAAUGAACAUUGGUUCUAAGAGGGAAAUAGGGAUAUACAAGGAGAAUAGGAGAUAAUAGGGGAAUUGGCUCCAGAACUGAAAGCAGAAUUGUAAUUAGCUAGUUGUGGUAAAAUAUUACUUUAAAUACCAUUAUUUUGUACAAAUUUUUCAAGAGGAUUUCUUCGAGAAUUAUCAGCUUCAAUUUAGGAAAUGAAUUAUGCAGAAUAUGAAAUGAUAUUUUUAGGUUAAGAUCCUGAAUUUUUAGAUGAUUAAUCAAUUUAUUUUAUAAGUGUAGGUAGUGUUUCCAUUUUCCCAAAUAAUUUUCAUAAAUAAUUACAAUUAAAGAAAUUAGAUAAAGGUGAAUAUUUUGGAGAAUACUCAUUUCUUACUGGAUUUGAAAGGAAAGCAUCAGCCUAAGCUUUACAAUACAGUUAAUUAUACAAAAUUAGUAGAGAGGAUUUCUUAAUAACUUUAGCUAAAUUUAAUGAAGAUUAUGAGAAAUAUUGGAUGAUUAAAGAUAAGAUAGAAUUUUAAAAAGAUUUUUCAGCAAUUGGGUAAUGCUAUACUUGUUAAUCUAUAACUCAUUACAGUACUGAAUGCGAUGUAACUCAUUUAGUAGUAGAUUCAAAUUAAUUAAUUGUGUUUAAUCAAGAUACAUCGGAAAGAAAGAAGUUUAAAAGAAAGGAGAAGAAGAAAUGGUAGACAUUUGUAAGAAUAGAAUGUUUUAAAAGAGAAGGUGUGAUAAAUGAUUAACAUAUAGGAGUUAAGUAAGAUAUGGAAUAGAAACUUAAAGAGAUAGAAUAGAUUCAGGAACACUUGGAUGAUGAUGAAUUUAAGAAGUUCUAAAAUAUUUUAAAGACUAAUUUUGAUAGUUAUACAAAUCAAUAUGAAGUGAAAGAAGGUCUGUAAGGUAUGGAUUAAGCAUUUUAAUUCACUAAUUAUUUUACUUAAAAUAAUUAUGGCAAUCAAUCUGAGUUUAUUAAUAAAUAAGCUCAAACUAAAUAACCAGCUCGUGUAUCCAUAAUCCGAAACAAAUAAAUAUCACAACAUUCUUAACAGAGGAGUAGAUAAACAUCUAUAUAAUAGUGAUUAUUAUUCUAAUUUAAUUUAUUUGUAAAUAUAAUAAUAUAGUUGGUAAAGCAAAUUUAAAUUUAUCAUUUAACAAUCAAUGAAAUUGGUUUGUCGUUUAAGGCCAUAACCAAAUAAUACUUCAACUAGUACCGUUAAUUCAAGGAAAGAAGUAAGAACUAACAUCUUUGCAGGUGUCUUAUCAAAUGAAUGUAUCAACAAUCAAUAAUUUUCAUAGCUCCUUAGACUCUUGUAGUAAGUUCACGAAAUGCUAUAUCUCAAAAGAUCAUUUAGGAGUAUCUCAAGAGUGACUCAGAUAUUAUGAAGCAAAGAUAAUCAAUUAUAGAGAAUGCAGAUCUAUUCUAAUUUGAUUAAGUUUUUGGUGAAAAAGCUAAUUAACAAUUAAUAUACGAUUAAGUACUGGCAAGCAAAGUUAAUGGAUUGAUUUCAGGCAAUUCAGGAACUUUGCUUGUUAUGGGAGGGCCUGAAAGUGGUAAAAAGUAUACUUUGAAAGGGGAAGAUAAAGGAUCAGAGAAAGGAUUAGCAUUAUUAGUUGUUGAAAACACUUUGAAUCUAAUAGAAGGAUCCAAAUAAUUGAAAGGCAAAGCAAAAUUGUUUUGUUCAAUAUCUCUAGUUAAUAAUGUUGAAACUGUUGAUAUGAUAGGAUCUACUAGAAGUUAGACUAUUAAAUACAGUUGGAUAAAGAGUGGAAGCGAAUUUAAGAAAAUGUUUAAUUAAAGCUUAUUUCAAUAUAAAUAAUAUUUGAAAGAACAUUAAGAAAUAAAGAAUAAUCAUUUAUUUAUCAAAUUUUUGAUUCAACAGGAUAAAGAGGAAAUAUCAUAAUUUCAUUUGAUUCUUUUUAAUGAGUUUCGAAGAGUUACUUAAGAAUCCAAAGACUUUUAAGCCAAAUUAAAAUAAUUACUAAUUUAAUUGUAAGACUUUUAAGAAAAAGAUUUAGACACUAAAUCUAUUUAAUAAUUAUAUACCUCUCUAAGAGAAACAAAAUUUAGUAAUAUUACAACUCUUUUUUGUGUAUCUCAAAUUUAACAGGAUCAUAUCACUGCUUAUAUGACACUAUAAUUUGCAGAUGAAUUAAGAUAAUCAACAAAAAACUCUGUCUAACAAAAUUAAAGAAAUGUUUUCUCUUAAAUAGAUAAUUUAUCUAGAACACAAUUAAGUCGUGAUAACGCUAUUGUUACAUAAUAAGUUACACCAAAAUUAUCUGUGGUUGAUGAAAAAACAUCUAGGAUAAUAAAACCAGGAUCGGAUCAAAUAAAUCAAUCAAAAGCUUAAAGUAUGAUAGAAAGAUAACCAAGUAGAUAGGAAGCAAAUUUUAGUAGAUAAUUUCAAGAAUUAAAGGAGUUACUUAAAGAGAAAGAAUUGAUCAAUGAUUAUAAGUAUAUAUAUAAUUUGUAAUGUUAGAGUUUUGAGGUUCGAAAAAGAAUUAAAGAAUUUUUAUGAUGAAAAUGCAAGAUUAUAAAAUAAAGUUUAUUAGUUGGAAGAUUCUUUGAAGCAUAGAGAUUUGCUAAUUUAGUAAUUAGAGCAUCACAUAAAUGAAAAUAGAAGAUAAAUGGAGGGUGAUAAUAAUGAAAUGGUAUAGAAAAAAUAAAAGGAAAAUGGAGGAGAAUUAAAUUCAAUAGGUUAGUUAAAUUUGUAAUUGAGACAUAGUAAUGAAGAAUGCGAACUGUAGAAGUAAAAAGUGAGAAUGUUAGAGAAUGAAAUUGAAAUGAUGAAGGAUUAAGAAUUCACAAAUAUAAAACAUUAUGAAAAGAGAGAAGAUGAAUUUAUGGGUUUAAUUCAAUAGGAAUAAGAGAGAAAUAAAUAAUUAUAUGAGGAAUUAGAUUAUUUUGCAGUAGAAUUGAAGAGUAGGGAAUAAGAAUUGCAAGUAGCAGAGGACAACAAUAAGAAAUUAAAUAAAGUAAUAGAGGAGUAAUGCAAAAGAGUUGAUGAGGAGAGGUAAAAGAAUAAGGAAUUGAAUGAAUGUAUAAAUGGAAUGAAAAUGAGACAGGAUGAAUAAAUAAAGGAAAAUAAUUUGAUAGAAUAGAGAUUUACAAAGUUAAAAGUAAAAUUGGAUACAGAGAAUAUGUAGUUGAAAUGUGAGAGAGAAAAGUAUUUAUAGAAGUACAAAGAAAAGUUGAAGAAGUAUAAAGUAGUGAUGAAGAAAUUGGAGUAAGAGAAUGGAGAGAUGAAAAUGGAGAGAAUAAAAUUAUAGACAGAAAAUGAUUAAUUAUAUGGGAUAUCAAAAUAAUUAGAAAAUUAAUUGGGGAGAGUUCAUAGUGAGAGUACUGAAAGAAAUGGUGGAAGAUAGGAUAGUUAUGAAUAGGAUAAAAUUAGAUAAUAGAAUCUGUAAUUGAAUAGUUAAUUGAAGUAAGCUGAUUAUGAAGUAAAGAUAAUUAAAUAAUAAUUUAGAUUUAAGAAUUAUCGAUUUAAUUGAAUAAUGCUAUAAAAGAAUUGGAGAGAUUGAGUGUUGAAUUUUAGGGAGUUCAAAAGGAGAAUAAGAGAUUGUAAGAAUAGGUAGAAGAGAAGAGAUGUGAAGCAAAAGAGAAAGAAUUUAUGAUUGAGAAAGUUGUAGAGUUAAGUGAUAAAUAAAUGGAUGAUUUGGAAGGGAAAUUUAAUAGACUGACUGCAUAGGUGAAUGGUUUAUAGUAAGAGAAAAAGUCAUUGAAUAUGGAGAAUUAGAAUUUGAAAUAGUAAUUAGAAUAAUUGGAAGGAAAUGAUGUAGUUUUAGAGAAGCGAAUAGUAAAAUUGAAAAAGGAAAAUAAGGAUCUGAGUAAUUAAAUAAAGCAAUUGAAUUAAAAUAUGAAAGAAAUGAUAGUAGAGAAAAAUGGAGAUAUGAGAAAUAGUUCAUUAAAUAGAUAAUAGUUAUAGAAUUAAUCUUACAGAUCCUAAAGAUUAUUUGAGAAUGAUAGUGAUAGUGAUGAUGAUAUUUGA